GGAGCUAAAAAUUAAAAGAGAAAUAGACAAGAUGCCUAAAGACAACCAACACAUCACUUUUCUCAACAACUACUUCAACAGUCUCCUCAAUCCUGACAUCUUGACGGAGACAACAAAACAGACUGCGAUUAGAUGCAAUGCAGCACACAUCCCACCUACAACUUCAGGUGUUGAUGGUGUCGAUUCGCAGAUUGUCGGAAGACAUAUCAGCGAAUGCCGAAGACGCGCUCGUAACCAACCUCGAGCAGAGCGCAUCCAACAGUGGCAGUUAGCAAUCCUCCAAGCCGCCUACGCAGUCGAUCAUUAUCCAUCCCCAGGAGAAAGAAUGAAAUUGAUGUAUCAAACCGGAAUGAGCUAUAGGCAGAUCAAGAAUUGGUUCGAACAAAAGGCAAAGAUGCUAAAGAAAUCAGGCGGAGGUCCUGUCGGUCCAACAUCCAGCAGCAAUAAAUAUUCAACCAAGAUGUGGAAGGCAUAUUUUGCAAAUCCACUUGGCUAUGUUCAGAAGUUGUUGAACGGCGAGAUCGAUCCUGUGACUGGUGCCGUUAUUGGUCAAGCAGCACCCGGCUUGCCUAAUGCACCUGCGAAUGGGCCCGCUAAUUCUAUCAACGGAAAUAAUGGUCUAGUAGCCUUGGCACCUGGUACGACUGUUGUUCCCAAUCUCGAUAAUCAAUCUGGUUAUCAAAAUGGUGAAGGUGGCUUCUCUAAUUUACAACCACCACCACAAAGUCAGAUGUACCAGUAUGGGCAGCCCGGAUCUCCUGAUACGCAGCCUGCAGCACCAUAUAUCGAAGUAAACCAGCAGGCUCAACCCGAAAACUCAAAUCUGCAGGCACCACCACAUUACCAGGCGCCUCAACAAAAACAACAUGGGCCCCAGCAGAUUCCCAUGUAUACUCGGGAGCAAAACGUGGUGUAUACCAUGCCACCAACCCAGUCUGCGAACUCGGGCAUCAGUAGUUACGCAGCUGGGCGAAGCUACGAAGUGAGUAGAGUUCAACCAGCGCCUCAACAGGAAGCUUAUCCAGGGGCAUACACCGCCGACACCAUCUCUCAUGAUGUAGCACCGGCCUUAUUCGAUGGCAUUCAGCAAACUUUGCCAUACCAGCACAGAUACGGCAUGCCUGUAAGCUCCCAGUCUGUCAUUCCAUGCGAUCCAUUCGCAAAUCAGGAUGACAAUGAAGAGGAGUAUGAGGAAGAUUGGCAGAGAAGACAUGUGUCAUUUUAUCCUCCGGCGGCACAAGGUCAUGCUAUGCAGUAUAUGCCAGUAUUACCGCAAGCUUCAGGGAUUCCGAUGGGGCAACAACCAUUUAAUGGGCAUGUUGCCCAAUCUAAUGAUCCUGCCCGAAAGAGGAAGUCGACUCUUGAUGACGACGAGCUUAACCAGGGCCCAUAUGCCGCCCAUUUGAGAAAGCGACCUCGUCAAGCCUCCGGUUCUAGACUUUUUGCUCCAUCUGCAACAGGAAACUUUGCUGGAGCUGAAAGUAGGAUGGCUGAUACAAGAAGGCCAGCCAAGAGACUGAGGGCUAUGAGACCAACUCUAAAGACCCGUCGUCGACCAAUGCCUGGCCAGUCCGAAAUUCGAAGGAGUUCCUGGAGUUCGACUGAAGACGCCAUGAAUUCAUCUUUCGAUAACAGUGGCGCGAGAUGGUCUCCUCCUGAGCCCUCAAAGUUGAAUAUCUGCCAUGGUAGUCCUUAUGAGGAGAACACAGCUGAAUUGGGAAUGACAUCUCCUAAUAUCCGAACUCCCAAUAUCCGAACUCUUGAUGUCCGAGGCUCGGAUGUCGAACCACAACCUCUUGACCCUCUCCUCUUCGGAUACGAACAAGACGGUCUCAACAGUGGCACAGAAGAAGUUUCUGGACAACUACUUGAGGGCUUUCCAACAUCUACCCCAACAAUCGGUGCAGAAAAUGUAGGACAGUAUGUCACGGAGAACAUCACAGAGCGAGUGACACAACAAGGCAAUACGACCGCCCCUGCAAGAACUCCAAGUCCUGCCUUUGAAUAUCCUGUCAGCAUCUUAGAUGGAGAUUGGGAAGCUGACUCGACAGCUCAAGACCCUCAACUACAACAGGAUUCUGCAUUCCUACAAGGAGGAACUCAGGAGCUUGAGUUGUCGGCUGAAAUACCUUCAGUGCCAGAGAAUGCAUUGAAUACACAGGAUGCCGAAAACUUCGAAAACCUGCUUCCUGUGCCAGACAUGAAUGCCCUAGAGCAAUCUUUUCUGCAAAACGGAGAGUUCGAUUACUCGGCCUUCCUGGGCAACGAAAGCCUUUUCGAGCAUUGGGAUACACCCAAUCUCGAUAACAAUUGAUUCCAGAAAGGCGGACCUGGCGGUAAUCACUAGAAAAAGAUGGGAACCCCGUAUAAUGUUGGAUAUAUGAUACA